UAGCUGCUUUAGUUUAAACCCAAGCUGUCGCGCCUCAAAAUAUAAUUCUCUUGUCCGUAAGUUAAAAAGUUUGACUAAUAUAACUUUUAAAAAACAAGAAAUUGGAAUUAGUUAAUAUUCCAGUAUUUAUUUAGUUAAUUCCUUGUUUCUUGCACUCCAAAUUUCCUUAACCUUUAAUCCCCUUUAAGCAUAAUAGCUGGUACCACCCCAGACUCACUUUGUUGUCGUGUGUAUAUACAGAUAUACAUUAUAGAAGCAAAAGAGCCCAUCUCUAUAUAGACUACCUCAGGAUCUGCAACAUCGGUACCCAAGGUACUGACUUUCGCUCUGAAUUCCUCUGGGUCAGGAAUUUGGAGAGUGAUCACUACUGAAUCAAAAUCAAACUUUGGGGGGAAAUGGAGUUUUCCAAGAUUUUUACGAUUUGUUUUUCUGUAUUGCUGUUGUACUCCUCCUUGGCCUAUGGUCAAGCAAGGAGCCCUCCUCCGGUCGCAAUGAGCCCAACUCCAGCACCAGCCCCAGCACUGGCACCGGCAUAUGUAAACCUCACUUAUUUACUCUCAGUGGCUGGUCCAUUUCACACUUUCCUUGACUACCUUGAGUCCACUAAAGUGAUUGACACCUUUCAAAACCAAGCCAACAACACUGAUCAAGGGAUUACAGUUUUUGUACCAAAAGACAGUGCCUUCAAGGGUCUUAGGAAGCCUUCAUUGUCCAAUCUCAAUGAUGACCAGAUUAAAUCACUUAUCCUUUACCAUGCCUUGCCCAAAUUUUACGCCCUUGCAGACUUCAAUGAACUCAGUACAAAGGGCUCCAUAAGUACCCUUGCUGGUGGCGAAUACACUUUGAAUUUCACCGAUAAUUCCGGAACCGUUCACCUCGAUUCUGGAUGGAGUAAAACAAAAGUUACAAGCGCUGUACAUUCAACCGAUCCGGUCGCAAUCUAUCAAGUUGAUAAGGUCCUUCUUCCUGAGGCAAUCUUCGGUACCGACAUUCCUCCAACUCCUGCUCCAUCCCCAGCCCCAGUCCCUGAUGUUAGUCCUGCAGCGGAUUCUCCAUCAGCAGAAUCCAAAGAAAGUGGUUCUUCACCAAAGUCUGCUCCUUCAACUUCAUCAUCUAAUAGUCUCAUGAACUUGUGCAUUUGGAGGCAAUUUGUUUUGGCCGUCUCAGCUGGGGUUUUCCUGUUUUUCUAAAGAUAAAAGACUUCAUUGAGUCUAAUUUAUAUUCAUGGGGCCUCACGUAUCUGGGUUUCUCAAUAUACUUUGAUUUUUGAAACCAUUUUUUCAUUUGUAUGUUAUUGAGAUGUCUGUUAAAAAUAUGAGUUGUUCUGUUUACAGUUACUAUUUCAAUUUAAAUGGCAUUUUGCCGAUAUCUCCUGUAUUUCAUUUGAUAA